AUGAUUGCCUACACCGAUGUUAAUCCAAAUCUUCAAAAAUGCAUUGAGGGUCUACGAAACCAGUUUAUCAAUGAAUGUGCCAAGGAUGAGAGUAGAUUUGAUAAGCCGAUUAAAAAAAAUCGAGUUUUAAAUUUUACUGAAGCUCCAAAGAAAAAGAAGUUAGCUCUCGGGAAUAAAGUUGUUGAACUGCGCAUGCAAAGAGAUUUAUUUGGUCGAAUGUUGGGAAUUUCCCUUACUCACAAGGUUGACAUUGAAAAAGUUUUGUCAUUCCCACUUACUCCGAUGCCAACGUCUAUGUGUCAUCCAGAUGGUUCAAUUUGUAAAACCGACAAAGCACAAUUAACAAAAUUGAUGGAGAAGAAAUUGGAAACUGCGAUCGAUCAACAGCCGUCAUCUUUUGACAUUAGUAUCGUUGAUGGUUUUUUUAUGUUGCAUCUCAUGAAAGAGAUACCACAAACUUUUGAUGGAAUCGCUAAAAAGUUUCUUUCUGCGAUCUCCCAAAUGAAAUCAGUUCGGAUCGAUGUGAUUUUUGACCAAUACUUUUCACCAUCAAUUAAGGAUUUUGAACGUUCACGUCGAGAAGAGUCAACCAUUCCAGUAUCUAUCGGUCCGAAUCAAAUUCGGCCACACAAUUUCGGAGCAGAACUUAAAAACAUGGAAUUUAAAAUAGCUCUAGUUAACUUUUUUAUUGAUCACUGGGAUAGUGAAGACAUGGUACCUUUUAUUGGUAAUAAAAUUAUUUAUGUAAGUUUCAACAAAUGUUAUUCGUAUAAAGUCUUGAAUAACAAAGUUGUACGGAGUAUCGAAGAAUCUCUAUCAUGUGAAGAACACGAAGAAGCUGAUUCUCGCAUUAUUUAUCAUAUAUGUCAAAUUGAUUUCGAUGCCGACGUUGUUAUACGCUGUUCUGACUCCGAUAUUUUAAUUAUAUUACUGGGUAAUAUGGAUCACCUCAAUGCAUUUUUGAAGAUUUGGAUUAACAUCGGUGUAGGCAAUCAUCAGCGAUACGUAAACGUUAAUGAAUUAUACCGAAUCCUUGGUGAUUCUCUAUCAAAAGCUUUACCAUGCUUCCACGCAAUCACGGGGUGCGAUUACACGCCAGCAUUCUUUAGAAAAGGUAAAGUUAGACCUUUUAAAAUUUUGGAAAAAUCUAAAGAAUAUCAAUCAGCGUUUGGAAACAUAACUACGGAUAACGAAGAUUUACUUGACAGUACUUUUGUAAUCCUUGAGAAGUUUGUUUGUCAAAUGUAUGGAGUUAAAAAUUCUUCAGAUGUGAAUAGUGUUCGAUUUCAUUUAUUCUCAAAUACUUUUCAAUCAAAAAAAUCCGAUGAAAAUUUUAAGAAGAAAUUUCGAAACUUUGACUCAUCGAGUUUGCCACCCUGUAAAGCGGAAUUGCAACAGCAUUUAUUGAGAGUGCGCUACGUGACUAAACUUUGGAGGAAUGCUCACUUGAAACAUCCAACUUCUUUAUCUCCAGUUGCUUCCGGUUGGACCAUCAAAGAUAAUAAAUAUGAUUUUGUCUGGUUCCUGGGAGAGCAGUUACCAUCAUCAAUUGCUGAUAUUAUUAUUCAAAAUGAGAGAGUUUUAAGAAAUGAUGACAAUGACCAAGACGAUGAUUUCAAUACUUCUAGCAAUGAGAGCGACGAUGAUGACGAUUGUGAAGAUGCAUCCUUCGUUUGUAAUACGAUUAUGGAAUGAAAUAUUUAAAAACUAAAGAAGAAUUCUUAAUAUUUUUAAUUUGUUAUUUAUGUGUGUUACCUGAGCAUUAUAAAUAAAAAAUUUAAUUUUUAAACCUUCAAUAAUGCAUUUUAUUUUUUUCGUUUUUGAC